AUGCCUUCAUCACCAGUCCAAGCAACACUGAAUGAACAACUCGAACAAGAAAAAGCCAGAAAUAGAAAAACUUCAUCACCAACUGGUAUUGAACCACUUCAUCUACCAACAACAAUAUCACCACCUACAGCUCUCAAUUCAAUAACAACA